AGACAAAAAUAUAAAUUCUGGCAAAACAUUAGAUGGAAAUCAUAGUCUGCUAUUAAAUUGAUUUAUAUCUCCGAUUUCGAUCUAAAUAGAAUUGAUUCUCAGGUGUGACAGAUCAUCAUAUCAACAUUUAUUCAGCUUAUCAAUGCGUGAUUAAGAAAAAGACAACAUCAUAUAAACUAUAGUUGACAUCCACAAUAAUCGAUAUUAGGAGUCUUAGGAUUUCCUGCAAUUACUGGGGUGUGGUUCUACAUCAGUUAAAAUGGAUGAUAUAGCAUCACUGGUUAUAGACAAUGGGUCGGGUAUGUGUAAAGCGGGCUAUGGAGGGGAUGAUGCCCCCACAACCGUUUUUCCAUCAAUUGUUGGAAGGCCAAAACAUCAGGGAAUAAUGAUAGGAGCGAACAUUCGAGACUAUUAUGUCGGAGACGAGGCUCAAACCUAUCGUGGUGUUCUUUCUUUAACAUAUCCGAUAGAGCAUGGAAUAGUGACGAACUGGGACGACAUGGAAAAAAUAUGGAACCAUACAUUUUAUCACGAGCUCCGUGUAUAUCCGGAUGAACAUCCCGUUUUGAUGACGGAAGCACCUCUCAAUCCGAAAGUAAACCGAGAAAAAAUGAUGGAAAUUUUAUUUGAAACCUUUAGUGUUCCUGCAAGCUAUGUUGCUAUCCAGGCCGUGCUUUCAUUGUAUUCCUCAGGGCGAACAACGGGGAUAGUACUGGAUUCUGGGGAUGGAGUAACGCACGCUGUACCGAUAUAUGAAGGAUACGCACUACCUCACGCGACGCUUAGACUUGAUUUAGCAGGAAGAGAUAUUACCGACUACCUCCUCAAAAUUUUAACGGAAAGAGGUUACUCCUUUACAACUUCUGCCGAAAGAGAAAUUGUUAGGGACAUUAAGGAAAAAUUAUGCUUUGUUACAGAAGAUUAUGACGCGGACAUGCUCCGGUCCGUUACAACCACGGAUUUAGAGACUCAUUACGAACUACCAGACGGGGAAAUCAUAUCCGUUGGCAACGAAAGGUUCCGCGCAACCGAGUGCCUUUUCCAACCAUCCUUUAUCGGAAUGGAAGCAUUCGGAAUUCACGAAUCUGUGUAUAAUUCCAUUGUAAAAUGUGACGUUGAUGUUCGGAAAGACCUUUUUUCCAAUAUAGUAUUAUCUGGUGGAACGACCCUCUAUAACGGGAUGUCAGGGAGACUUAAAUCAGAUAUUGGAAAUUUAGCGCCUCAAAACAUGGCUGUAAAUGUCAUUGCUCCAUCGGAGAGAAAAUAUUCGGUAUGGAUUGGUGGAUCUAUUUUAGCCUCCUUGUCCACAUUUGAGGACAUGUGGAUUGGUAAAAGGGAAUAUGUGGAAUGUGGUAAAAGUAUUGUUCAUAGAAAAUGCUUUUAAUUGCAGUGCCUGUAAUCUUUUGUAUAUAAGAACUCAUAAGACCGUUCAAAUA